CCGAGCUCCCGAGGCUGGGCGGCCACAGGGAGUCGCGGCCCCAGCCCGGCGGGCGGAGCAUUGCGUCGCCGGCAGCUGGGCGGUCGUGAAAUGAGCGCACAGGAAGCUUUCCAGGCACAGAGGAGCCAGCUGGUGGGGCUGCUCGUGUCAGGGUCCCUAGAGGGCUUUGAAAGCAUCCUGGACUGGCUGCUCUCCUGGGAGGUGCUCUCCUGGGAAGAGUAUGAGAGCCUCCGUCUUCCAGGCCAGCCUCUUUCCCAUGUGGCCAGACAUCUACUGGACACGGUCUGGAACAAGGGCAGCUGGGGCUGUCAGAAGCUCCUCGAUGCUGUCCAAGAGGCCCAGGCUGACAGCCAGCCCCCUGAUCUGCAUGACAGCUGGGACCCUCACUCAUGUCACCCUGCCCAAGACCUGCAGCGUCACCGACCAGCUAUCGUCAGGACACUCUACAGCCAUGUGGAGGAUGUGCUGGAUAUGGCCAGGGAGCGGGGUUUCAUUAGCCAGUAUGAAUGUGAUGAAAUCAGGCUGCCCAUCUUCACAGCAUCCCAGAGGGCCAGAAGGUUGCUAGAUCUUGCCACAGUGAAGGCAAAUGGGUUGGCUGCCUUCCUUCUGCAGCACAUUGAGGAAUCACCAGCCCCGUUGUCCCUGCCUUUUCAGGCUGCUGAAUGCCAGAGGUACAUAUCCAAGCUGAGGACCACGGUGUCCGCUCAGUCCCGUUCCCUCAGUACCUACGAUGGGGUGGAGAAUCUCUGCCUGGAGGACAUUUACACGGAGAAUACCCUGGAGCUCCGGACAGAGGUGGGACCCCUGAAGAAGAGCCCUGCCACCCUGGGCCUGGAGGAGCUCUUCAGCACCCAAGGCCACCUCAAUGAGGAUGCAGACACUGUGCUGGUGGUGGGCGAGGCGGGCAGCGGCAAGAGCACACUCCUGCAGCGGCUGCACUUGCUGUGGGCUACGGGGCAGCACUUCCAGGAGUUCCUCUUCAUCUUCCCGUUCAGCUGCCGGCAGCUGCAGUGCGUGACCAAACCUCUGUCUGUAAGGACGCUGCUUUUUGAGCACUGCUGUUGGCCCGACGUGGGUCAACAGGAUGUCUUCCAGUUCCUCCUUGACCACCCUGAGCGUGUGCUGCUCACCUUUGAUGGCUUUGAUGAGUUCAGGUUCAGGUUCACAGACCAAGAGCGGCACUGUUCCCCAACUGACCCUACGUCAGUCCAGACUCUGCUUUUCAACCUUCUUCAGGGCAACCUGCUGAAGAAUGCCCGCAAGGUGUUAACCAGCCGUCCGGACGCCGUGUCGGCGUGCCUCAGGAAGUACGUGCGCACAGAGUGUCACCUGAGGGGCUUCUCAGAGGAGGGCAUCGAGCUGUACCUGAGGAAGUGCCAUCACGAACCUGGCGUAGCAGACCGCCUCAUCCACCUGCUCCGAGCGACCUCUGUCCUGCAUGGUUUGUGCCACCUUCCUGUCUUCUCUUGGAUGGUGUCUAAAUGCCACCAGGAACUGUUGCUGCAGAAUGGGGGGUCCCCCCAAACCACAACGGAUAUGUAUCUUCUGAUCCUGCAGCAUUUUCUGCUGCAUGCCUGCCCUCCAGAGGCCGUCUCCCACGGCCUGGGACCUGGCCUCCUUAAAAGCAAGCUGCCCUCGCUCCUGCACCUUGGCCGCCUGGCCUUCUGGGGCUUGGGCAGCUGCUGCUACGUGUUUUCAGCCCAGCAGCUCCAGAUGGCACAGGUUGCCCCUGAGGACAUUUCUCUUGGCUUUCUGGUGCGUGCCCAAGGUGUGGUACCGGGGACUGCAGCACCCCUGGAAUUCCUGCACAUUACUUUCCAGUGCUUUUUUGCUGCAUUCUACCUCGUGCUCUGUGCCGAUGUGCCAACAACCUCGCUCAGACACCUCUUCAAGUGUCGCAGGCCAGGCAGCUCUCCGCUGACCAGGCUGCUGCCCGUACUGUGUGUGCAGAGCCCCAGGACCAAAGAGGGCAGUGUGGCAGCUUUGCUACAGAAGGUCGAGCCGCACAACCUUCAGAUCACUGCAGCCUUCCUGGCAGGGCUGUUGUCCCGGGAGCAUCAGGAUCUGCUAGCUGAGUGCCAGGCAUCUGAGAAGACCCUGCUCCAACGCCAGGCCCGUGCCCGCUGGUGUCUAGCCCGCAGCCUCCGCAAGCACUUCCAUUGUAUCCCGCCGGCCGUGCCAGGUGAGGCCAAGAGCAUGCAUGCUAUGCCUGGCUUCGUCUGGCUCAUCCGGAGCCUCUACGAAAUGCAGGAGGAGCAGCUGGCACGGGAGGCUGUGCGGGGGCUGGAUGUCGGGCACCUCAAAUUGACGUUUUGCAGCGUGGGCCCGGCCGAGUGUGCUGCCCUGGCGUUUGUGCUGCGGCACCUCCAGCAGCCCGUGGCCCUGCAGCUGGACCACAACUCUGUGGGUGACAUUGGCGUGGAGCAGCUGCUGCCUUGCCUUGGCGUCUGCAAGGCUCUUUAUUUGCGUGAUAACAAUAUCUCAGACCGAGGUAUCUGCAAGCUCAUCGAACAUGCUCUUCACUAUGGGCAGCUGCAGAAGUUGGCUCUAUUCAACAACAAACUGACUGACGGCUGCGCACACUCCAUGGCCAAGCUCCUUGAGUGCAAGCAGAACUUCUUGGCGUUGAGGCUUGGGAACAACCACAUCACUGCCGCAGGUGCACAGGUGCUAGCCCAGGGCCUCCGAAGCAACACCUCCCUGCAGUUCUUGGGGUUCUGGGGCAACGCUGUGGGUGACGAGGGUGCUCAGGCCCUGGCCGAAGCCUUGGGUGAUCACCGGAGCUUGAAGUGGCUCAGCCUGGUGGGGAACAGCAUUGGCAGCAUGGGUGCCCAAGCCUUGGCACAGAUGUUGGAAAAGAACGUGGCACUAGAAGAACUCUGCCUGGAGGAGAACCACCUCUGCAAUGAAGGCGUGUGUUCUCUUGCAGAAGGACUGAAGAGAAACUCAAGUUUGAAAGUGCUGAAGCUCUCUAAUAACAGUGUCACCUUUCGGGGUGCAGAAGCCCUCCUGCAGGCCCUUGAAAGCAACAACACCAUCCUGGAAGUUUGGCUCCGAGGCAACACUUUCUCCCCAGAGGAAGUCAAAAAGCUCAGCCACAGGGACACCAGACUCCUGCUUUGAUGUUUCCAGGUCGAUGCUCACCUGUUUGUGAGCGAGCCUGGCUUUGGACCCUGGAAGCUGGAUUAUGUCUGGCACAGCCAAGUCCUGUCCAGGGCUGAAUUGAUUUGCUGGGAGCACCACAAGUCACCUUACUCCUGCAGAGAAGUGCCUCAGUGUCCCAAGAACAAUUUUCCUAACCUACUUCUGCCAUCAAGUUCUUCUGGAGACCCCACCCAUGAGAUGCAGAUGAGGAGCAGCUUCUCCUCCACACUAUGGGGUGGUUGCCACCUGAUCCUCUGGGGUUCUGGGGGUGGAGGGGAGAGUGUCUGUUGGCAGAGAGACCUGGAUCCAUGUGAAAGACAACCCCCCCCUUAUGAAGAGGAGAAUUCAGGAAGUAGCUAUCAGCCCCUUCUCGAUUUCUGGGUCACCUACCCAGGCCAUUCCUGCUCUGGUUCCUCCAUUCAUCCUGUAUGAGAUCCAGUAGUACCCCAGCCCUGGCACGCAUGCUGGGAAGGGCUAUGCCUCACCCUGCUCUCCUUCCUGGUGCUUAAGACAUUGUUGGAAAGAGACAAAGGGCAGCCUUCUCUUCCCCAAGACACUAGAUUAGCGAGAAAAAUAUGACCACACUCCAGCUGGGAUCAUACAUGGAUCUUUAUUUCCAGUGAAAUCAAUUACUCUUCAGCCAAGCCUUUGGAAACCGCUUCAGUUCAAAUGCAUCUUUUUGAAAUUAAUCUGGGCCAGAAUUUCAAAUGGCCCCACUAGGCUUCUGGUUGAUGUCUGUGAACUGAACUCUGACAACAGACUUUUGAAACGUAUCCAUGAGAGACAGUUCCUUUUCAUUCAUGCAGAAUGCUUUAGGAUGUAUAGUUAGGGGUUGGCAGUUUACAGGGCCCCAAACCAAAGCUUUUCUUCUAAGCAAAUGUCAAAGACUUUAAAAUGUCAGGUGUUGCACCUGUAUUAUUUUACAUAUUAUUAUAUGUGAAAACUGGUUAA